AUGUCCUUCCACAACCACAGAGACAGCUCACCCUCCCUCAUCUCAGAGCUCCCCCCAAACUGCACCCCGCAAGCAUUCACCACCAUGGACUCACUCAUCACAGCCGCCCACACCAUCCAACCCCAACUAACCACAAACAGCACCGGAAACAAAAACCAAUACCUCCUAGUCCAAAACCUGCCCCAGGCAAUCAUUGAUAAUCUCAUCGAAGACAAGAAUGCUCUGGAUGGAAUCCCCUUCCGUUUCACCUUCGAGGGAAGCACAGGGCUAAUCAAGAUUAUUCCCGCUGAACAUACCGCCGUGACAAGAAAGCUAGCAGAGACCAUUCUGCAAGAAUGUCUUCUUGCCGGCGUCCCAAGCAAAGAGGAGAUACACUGGGCUGGAGUUGGUGCCGGUGCCGCUCCUACUACAUACAAGGUAGUAACCGGUGCUAACGAUAAAGACAAAGGAAAACAGCCCGACGAGAGUUUUCUGCCACUAACCCGGCAGCCGUCUGGCUGGCCGACACUAGUUAUCGAGUCUGGUCUCCCAGAGUCUAUGCAAUGUCUUCGCGAAGAUGCGAAAUGGUGGUUCGAGAAUUCUGCCGGGGCAGUCCACACGGUUCUCAUUCUGGGAAUCAACACAGAUACCAAGACUAUCGAGAUGGAGAGGUGGCGGUAUACUCGCACCUCUGCUUGUGCUGUCGAGGUUCCGGACCUAGCGCAGAGUGUUACUAUAACGCCUAUGGGGAUUGAGGGAGGUGUGCCUGUUAAGAUUCCGUUCUGGGAGUUGUUUGGUAGGGCACCGAGGUGGGAAGAUGAGGAGAGGGAUAUUUUACUGGGGGGGGUGAGGGGUUGGUUGAUGUUGCUAGGGUUUCGGCCUUCGGGUUAG